ACAUACAGUGCGCUCCUGUCAAAAAUCUACAAAAAUUCCGACAGGCCUUAAAUGCAGCAGUUAGCUUCAUAACAGCCCUUGUUUAACUGUCAGUUGGAGGUUUGUGCAUGAAGCAGAGAGGAAGGCGUCAUGGCUGCACUGUUUAAAGCUAGAAAAGCUCUUGGCUUGUGUCUCCGUGGCUGUCGAAGUCUGACUCAGCUCGCAGAGUUACCAGAGACUCAUCAGCUACUAAGACAGACCUGCAGAGACUACGCGGACAGAGAACUGAUGCCCAUCGCUGGCAAACUAGACAAAGAGCAUGUGUUCCCUGCCAAACAGAUUCAUGAGCUGGGGGCGAUGGGCGUAAUGGCGAUGGAGGUACCGGAGGAGCUGGGCGGAGCUGGGAUGGACUAUCUUGCUUACAGUUUGGCCAUGGAGGAGAUCAGCAGAGGCUGCGCCAGCACAGGAGCUGUAGUCUCUGUUAACAAUUCUCUGUAUAUCGGACCGAUACUGAAGUUUGGUACAGAGGAACAGAAAAAACAGUGGAUCACUCCGUUCACCACCGGAGAGAAGGUGGGCUGUUUCUCCCUCAGUGAGCCAGGGAAUGGCAGUGAUGCGGGUGCAGCCUCCACGUUAGCUCACCAGGAAGGAGACCAGUGGGUGCUGAACGGAACCAAAGCCUGGAUCACCAACUCCUGGGACGCCUCUGCCACCGUCGUAUUCGCCACCACAGACAAGAAGCUCAAACACAAGGGUAUCAGCGCCUUCCUGGUCCCAAUGCCACACCCAGGACUUUCUCUGGGGAAGAAGGAGGACAAGCUGGGCAUCAAGGCCUCGUCCACCGCCAACAUCAUCCUGGAGGACUGCAGGAUACCUCUGGAAAACAUGCUGGGCCCACGUGGUACAGGAUUCAAAAUUGCCAUGCAAACCCUGGACUGUGGACGGAUCGGCAUUGCUGCUCAGGCUCUCGGUAUCGCCCAGGCUGCUCUGGACUGUGCUGCCGACUACGCACACAAACGAACUGCAUUUGGAGCCCCAAUCGGCAAACUACAGGCCAUACAGUUCAAACUGGCUGACAUGGCUGUGGCAGUGGAGAGCGCUCGCCUGCUCACCUGGAAGGCUGCCAUUUUUAAAGAUUCAAACAAACCCUUCAUUAAGGAGGCAGCCAUGGCCAAGCUGGCAGCGUCUGAAGCCGCCACGUACUGCUCACAUCAGGCGAUCCAGGUUCUGGGUGGGAUGGGUUACGUGACGGACAUGCCCGCCGAGAGGCACUACCGAGACGCUCGCAUUACAGAGAUCUACGAGGGCACCAGUGAGAUCCAGAGACUGGUUAUCGCCGGCCAGCUUCUGAAGGAGUACCAGUCAUAAAGGUGCUUCUGUUGGUGACUUUGGUAUAAAACGGACACACAAUCCCAGAUCUGUCAGAGACCUCGCCUCAUCCAUAAAGAUAAGGAAGCCAGUGCGAUCAAGGUGCAGCUUUUACACAUUUUGGCGACCAGCCAUCGAAUCAGGGUUAGACUGAAGAUGACGCUGCAAAGAUUCAGAGGAAAUUCACUUGAUUUUACGUCUCCAUCGUCUGGCAUCUCAAGAAAAUGCAGGAUUCAAAGCUACGUAAUUUACCUCCGCUGCCUUGAGAUGAUAUCAGUACUUUGCCAGUUUAAAGGGUCAGUUCAAUUUGUUCCCUACUAAAGCUCAGGUUCACAUCUCUGCUCCUUAGUGGACCUGCAAUGACCUCCACUGGCCAGAGCUGAGUCUGCACAUAAAGUCAUAGUUUCAGUUUGAUUAAAGAGUCCAUAUUCUGCUUUUAUGUUCCUCCCUUCAGUCUUAUAUAGCUGCUUUUUCUGCGUGUACAAGGUCUGUAAACUUAGACCGCCCAGAGUUCGGGUCAAAGGGAGCUAUUCACUCCCACAGAAAACUCUGUACGAAACACCGUGUUUGAAGUCCAGGCUUUUCUUUCACUGAUUGACACCACCAUGUGACACAUAAUGAGCAACUGCCAUGUAAUCUACCAUUAUUUCCUCAUGGGCAAACGAACCAAUCAGAAGAGACUGAGCAUUUCAGUCUCAUUGUGUACAACACAAAAAAAUGUGCUUUUGAACAUUAAAGCCUGUAAAUAUGUUUUAGGAGACUCCAAAAUAUAAUUAUAAACCUGUAAAUGUGUAGAAUCUGGACUGUUAAAGCCAACCCCUUUUCAUGCUGCCAUGUUGUCUAAGUCGCUGGCAUCACAGAAAUACGCACAAAGUGCUGUUUGGCAUUGGUGCCACCCACUUUUGACUCUCGUGUGUGUGUGUAUAUAUAAAUAUAUAUAUAUAUAUAUAUACAUAUACACGACCGUUCAAAAGCUUGGGGUCACUUCGAAUAUCCUUAUUUUUGAAAGAAAAGCAUUUUUUUUCCAAUGAAAAUAACUUUAAAUUCAUUCGAAAUACAGUCUAGAGUCUAGACAUUGUUAAUGUGGUAAAUGACUAUUCUAGCUGGAAACGGCUGAUUGUGUUAGCUAAUGGUGUUGAAAGGCUAAUUGAUGAUUAGAAAACCCAUGAGCAAUUAUGUUAGCACAUGAAUAAAAGUGUGAGUUUUAAGGAAAACCAUGAAAUUGUCUGGAUUACCCCAAGCUUUUCAAUAUAUAUAUAUAUAUAUAUGUAUAUAUAUAUAUAUAUAUAUAUAUAUAUAUAUAUAUAUAUAUAUAUAUAUACACCGCCUGUCAAAAGUUUUGAGAUGGGUUCUAAUUUAUUUGAAUGAGAAAUUGUCUCAAAACUUUUGAGAGGGGGUGUAUAUACACGUGGCACAAUGUGGCAUAAUUAACUGUACUUUCACCAAGGACACUGAGGUUUGCGUUCUUAUUUUUAUCAUUUAGCUUCAUUAUAUUUUGUGACUCAAGCUUGGUUUCCACUUGCUGUUAGGUUAAGUUUAGGCACCUGGUUUUGCUUCAAAUACACCUUUUCACAAUGUUGACCACAUGUUACAAGGCACACUUCUAGUUACCUGAAAAGAAGCAACAGUAAUUUUAUAUACAUUUCAUAUUUUUAUGUGCUUUUGAAGUAUAGCAUUAGAAAAUGCCAAAUUUAAAAAAAAAACUUCUCUAAUUUACACUUGCUUGAGGUGUUUUUCUGCUUUUUCUUAAGCCUUAAUGAGCGUUGUGGGAGGUCGCAACAUCUUUACUGAGCAAGUUACUGAACAGCUCUUUCUGCUGUUGUCUUUGCAAACAACAUAAACCUGGCACAUACCAGCUGACAUGAAAGAAUAAUGACCACUUUUUAACAAUGGAGAACAAAUACUGAAGACUUUUCAUUUUUCUCUCUUAGAUGGACAUCGUGUUUCUUCAAUUUUUUUCAGCAGAUCAAACAACUAAAUUUGUUUCCAGUUUCUUCUACUGUUAAUUACAGUUGUAUUGCCUACAGCGCCACCUUCUGACAACACUGUGCAGCCUAGUUAAUGCACUCCACAGCAGUUAAUGAAAUAAACCUGACUGGCUUCAAAUGAGAUCAGGCUCAAAGUAAUGCAGACUUUUAAAAAAAACAACUCUUUCUUGAACAGAAUAAGAAACUCAGCAGCAGGUGUUUAAUAGUUUUCAAUCACAGUUGGAUAAAUAGAAUGAAUUCCCCUCUCAAAGUACUCUGUUUUUUUUUUGUUUUUUGUUUUUUUAGAGUGAACUGACCCUUUGAGAUGAUAAACGCUACAAACAGUCCGGACACUGACUCAUCUACAUUUUCCCGUCCCAUUCUGUGCUCUCUGAGGAGCUUCCACCACCAGGGGGCGACUCUGUGCCUUCACGUUUCUGUCUCAUCACCUGCAGUCUGAUUCAUCAAACACUCAUCUUCAGAAUGUACGCUCUUGCUGCUCUGCAGUGUAACUCAUUUGGAGAUGGUAGUUAAUUGGAGGAAAUUCUUGGUCAAUGCAGUUUUGGUGCCAAUUAUGUGAAUUUGUCAAAUGCUGUGCAAGGCUGUGUAAUGAAAUGCAGCAUGUCAGUGCCUCAAUAUCUUGUACAUACUUUAAUGUGACUGAUUGUGUGCUGAUAAUGAUAACACAAUAAAAAUGCUUUGUAGAUGCUACACAUAAAUUAUGGAUUUUCGACAUUAAAAAUGAAACAUGAGCAACUUUAA